CAUGUCUCUCCGGCGCGACGAGGUUGAGUCCCUCAUCCUCAAGGGCCAGCACAUCGUCAUAUACCACGACAACGUCCUCAGGGUACCCAGCGCAUGGCUUGACGCGCAUCCCGGUGGUGCCCUAUCUAUUCUUCACUUUGUGGGUCGGGAUGCAACUGAUGAAAUUGACGCGUUGCAUCCCACCGAAACUACUGGUCUCAUCGCAAAGUAUUCCGUCGGCAAGCACCGCGAGAAGUGCUGGGUUCCUUUCCUGCCUCCCGUUGCAGCUGGAUGGGUCCAGGAGGACGGCCAGUGGAGGAGGGAGGCCACAUAUCUAUCAGGAGGGGACCCAAGUCUGCUCGUCGAGGAACACCGUUCUUCACCAGGUCUCGGUCCAACGGCGGCAACCAUCACGGCGGCACCAACUGAUCUUGACUUGGACGUACAAGCAAGACAGUCCGCGGCGUACAAGGCCCUCCACAGACGCAUUAUUGACGCAGGGCUCUACAAAUGCCCCAUCCUUACCGGCUACGGACCAGAAUUUAUUCGGUACACCCUUUUGGGCCUCGUUAGCGCGUAUGCCUACUAUCAUAGCUGGCUCAUGGCGUCUGCAUUCUUCCUUGGCCUUAUGUGGCAUCAGCUCAUGUUUUUUGCCCAUGAUCUCGGACAUAUGGGUUUGACCGGUGACUGGACGUUCGACAGGCUCGUGUCCGUAUUUAUUGCCGACUGGAUUGGUGGCCUCAGCAUCGGCUGGUGGGUCGAUAACCAUAAUAUUCAUCACAUUGUUACAAACCACGUAAAUCAUGACCCCGAUAUUCAGCAUCUCCCCUUUUUCGCCAUCUCCCCUGCAUUUUUCAAUAAUUUAUAUUCCACCUACUACAAGCGCACAAUGCCUUUGGACGCGACAGCCAAAAUAUUCCUUACGCUUCAACACAAACUGUUCUAUAUCGUGAUGAUGUUUGCACGGUUCAACCUAUACCGUCUUUCCUACGUCCAUCUUUAUUUCCGGGCUUUUGAUACGAGGCGCGCUCGAGGCUACGGCUGGGCUUGGGGUCUUGAAGUUGCUGGUAUCGUGUUCUUCUGGAUAUGGUUCGGUAGUCUCCUCGUCGGCUGUGGAACAUGGCGGAAGGCGCUCUUGUAUGUUUUGAUCAGUCACGCUACGACGAGUCCUCUGCAUGUGCAGAUCGUCCUAUCCCAUUUUUCAAUGUCUACAGCAGAUCUAGGCCCUACAGAGUCAUUUCCCCAUCGACAGCUACGAACGACAUCAGACGUUAUAUGUGAUGAAUCCAUUGAAUUUAUUCAUGGCGGUCUCCACCUCCAGGUAACACAUCAUCUGUUCCCUCGUCUACCGCGGCACAACCUUCGAAAGGCUAGCGAAAUGGUCAAGGAGUUCGCUAGGGAGCAAGGGCUAACAUACGCAGAGUUUGGUUUCGUAAGUGGGAACAAGGAAGUAGUCAGCCUCCUAGAGCACGUUGGUGGACUGCUUAAUCAAGUCAAGAUAGUAGCAGAAGUUGCUGAUGCAGAGGCAAAAGAGGCCGUCGAUAAAAAGAUCAAAAGCCGGGAGGGGAAAAAGGUUGGUUAA